GCGGUUGAUCUCAACGGUCAUUCGUUUUCCUGGACAAGGACAUCGUCGCGUCCUAGUUACUCUCGCGAUUCUUCUUCUCGUUUUUCUCAUCUCUCAAAUUGCCUUUUAUUUUUAUCCACAAUCGAUCUAUAGACCAGCUUACUGAUUUUAGGAUGGGGUUACCAAGUUUGUUUAGGGAUGAUUGUGACAAAUUCUACUUUGAUCAAUCAAAGUGUUCCUUCAUUUGUCCAAUCCAGAAACUUCUCGAUGUAUAGAGUGUUCCGUGGCGAAAAUGGCUGCAAAUGGAGCUACUUUUUUUAAAGCAGAGAGAACUUUACAUCGAUUUACUACUGCUCUGAGUUCGGCAGCUUGCGAAUGGUUUUUGAUUUUCUUGAUGCUUAUUGAUGCUGUGCUAUCAUACCUGUUGACAAAGUUUGCAGAAUACUGUGAAUUGCCACUACCUUGUAUUUUGUGCUCCAGGCUUGAUCAUGUCUUAGGUAAUGAAAAACCUGAUUUUUAUCGAAAUCUACUUUGCAGCAACCAUAGGGUAGAGUUAUCAUCUUUGAUUUCUUGUCACAUUCAUGGUAAGCUUGCUGAUGGCCAUGGCAUGUGUGAGGAUUGUCUUUUAUCAUUCACAGCAAAAGAUCAAUCAAACCCUGAUAUGCAGAGGCUGUUGGUGGGAAAAUUAGGUUUUGAUAUGGGUGAUUGUGGUUUCCAGAGUUCAUUGCUGAAAAGGGAUUUCAAUCGCGGUUCUGCUGGCAAGAGGAUAUGUCCUUGUUGCAAUAAGGUGUGGAAGUCAAGACAAAAUCCUAAGGGAUUCCUCCAGCUAACAUCACCAGGACGUGGGGUUUCUAGACCUACCAUUCCUUUGCCACGGCGACUAAGCCGUCGUGAUAGCUUGAAAAAGAUGAGGGAUAAAUUUUCUGGAUCAGGAACAUCUCAUUGUCUUGGGAAAAAUGGUUUCGAUUCUUUGUCUCAUGUAGGAUACACCGAGCUGAAGUUGACUUCUGAUUCUGAGUCUGAAGUUCAAUUUUCUGAUGAUGAUGGCGGUGGUGGUAGUGUAGUUCGUGACACAAGUGAGAGUAAGGAAGAAUCCACUAUUCGACAUGCUCAGGAAACCUCUUCAAAAGCAUUGCCUGGUGAUAUGGAUUCACUUAAGUUGCGAAGGGAUGCUCACAAACCCCAAGGCAUGAAAAAUCAUACGUCUGAUGUUGCUAAUGGACGCAACCUGGUCGAGAAUAAAUGGCUCCAAGAUGACCAGAACGCACAUCCUCCUGCAUUACCUGAGCUUAUCUCACUCGAUGACAUCCCUCCUUUGUCCUGUGCCGUGGAAGUCCCUGUUGGGUUGUCAACAGAGAAGUGUGCGCUCGCAACUCCUUUCUCUCAAAACACCAAUCCAUAUGCAAUAUCUGAGCUCUUGUCUUUAGUUGAUUCAUCCUCAUGUUUUACUGUUGGGGAAGUUCCAGUUGGUGCAUCAACAAGCCAGACUGCAGAUAUUUCAGGAACAAGUGAGAUUAGAGACAUUUCGAUCGAUAAGCAUGAGGUUACCUUGAAGUCAAUAACUACAACAACUGAAGCUGACAACAGAGUGGAUCAAGCUAUCAAUGAACCUUCUCUGAUAAAUCCAAGUUAUAGAGAUCAGAGUGAUAAAUGUAAGUCAGCUGUUACUGAAAAAGAAACACAAGCAUUAGACCUUGGUUCAGAAAUGUCUAUGAUGAAUGAACGUGAGAGAGUUAAUGAAGAACUGAAGCGAUUGCCAGCACAACAUAACUUUGGUGGAGGGAUGAGUUUAUCACCAAACAAUACAAACCCUAAUGCACAGGUUGAUGAUAAUAAGUCGCAGGUAACUGAUGCUUCUAGCUCUACAGGACUGCAAAUGCUAACGGCGGCGUUUUCAAUGGAGAGAACGGAGUCUCUUGGUCUUGAAUCUCUUGAUGGAAGUGUUGUCAGUGAUAUUGAAGGCGAAAGUAUUGUUGAUAAGUUCAAACGUCAGGUCGACUAUGAUCAUAAAUGCAUUAAUGCUUUAUACAAGGAAUUAGAGGAAGAAAGAAGUGCUUCUGCAAUUGCUGCGAAUCAGGCAAUGGCCAUGAUUACAAGGUUGCAAGCAGAGAAGGCAUCGCUCCAUAUGGAAGCCCUGCAGUACUUGAGAAUGAUGGAAGAGCAAGCAGAGUAUGAUGUAGAAGCAUUGGAGAAAGCCAAUGAUCUCCUGGCUGAAAAAGAGAAAGAGAUACAAGACUUGGAAGCAGAGCUAGAAUAUUUUAGAUUAAAGUUUCUAGAUGAAUACGGGAUGGAAUCAACAGCUGGUGAAAUUGAUCCAUUGGAGAAAAAUAUAAAUACACGAAAUGAGAGUGAAAGCUGCAUAAAAGAUGCCAUUGGUGUUCCUUGUAAGUUGUUGUCUACUGAGGUUUCAAACAACGGCAAAAAAGUAACGGAUAUCCAGUCUGCAUGGUCAGAAUUUGAGGAUGAGAAAGUUUAUAUAUCAGAAUGUUUAAAGAAUUUGGAAUGGAGAGUUCAUCAAUUAGCUCAUCGUGGGCCUUCAAAUCGCAUGUCCGAUAGUCAAUAUUCUGAAGCAGCUGCAGAUCAAGAACAUGAUGGGGAAGAAUCUGUGGAUGAUAAUGGUUUUUGGAUCAAUGGUCGGAUGGAAGAGAGUAGCCUGCCAAUGCAAAAUAGUCUACCUGUAUCAAACACAGGCCACUCUGCUGAUAAUGAGCAAAGGAACUUUCAAAAAGACAAUGAUCUCCGUUCCAGUGGACAAAAAUCCUCCAGUAACUCUGGAGAAAUUGAUGUGGUAGCUCUUGAAAAUGAAAUCUCAGACCUGCAUGAAAGGUUGGAAGCACUUGAGGCUGACUGUAAUCUCAUCGAGCACACUUUAAAUGCUGUUCAGGAUGGUAAUGAGGGAGUGAAAUACAUCCAAGAGAUAGCUCAUCAUCUGCAAAAGUUACGAAAAAUUGGGAGAGAAAGCAAAAGCCAAUCAGUUCCUUAGACUUGUAUGCACUGCUACUCGUUCACAGAAAGCUGAGGCAGAGUCAAAUCUGGCGAGGCACCGGUGCAAGAAGAAAAUGAUAUCAUUGGCAGAAGAUCGUCUAAGAGAGAGUUAUUCCUUCAGUUUUGUUCCACAGCAUGUUUUGCGGCCACGACAGUGUCAGUUAAGGACGUCUUCUUCUACCGUCGGAAGAAAAAGAGAUAACGAAACAUGAUUUAAGGUACAGGAAUCCUUUCAAAAGAUCUAAACACGAACGCAUUUCCAUAAUGCUGUCAAUUACACAUCCUGAAAUCUACUACAUCCUACAUCUUGGCUUCUCUAGAUGGUCUUAAAAUUGUUGUCUUCUGUAUUCAUCAAACGUGUUUUCUUUCCAAGAAUUCUGGAGUUUUUUUGUCAUCCACCUAGUCCACUGAAUUGGUGGGGUGGAUUUUUUUUUUGUCAGUUUUCUUCCUUUGUUAAGCUUAUGUAAAUAAAUUCCAGGUGUUAAGACAGAACUUUUUUGCGUUUUGGUGAUCUGAUAUGGGAAAUAUUUG